CGCUCCCAAUCGUUCAAUCGUACCUGCCCGCCAUUCCCCCACUAAGCCCUCGCACGCCUGCGGCAUGCCUAAGUUGCACCCCUCCUUCCUCAUCGUCAAUACCACUGAAGUUGCGCAUCCGUCUUUCGGCAGCCCUGUCCUUCGCAGCCAAAACAAAAUUACGUUAAACCCUUCCAUUGUGCUUGUACCUGCCUCUUACUGUUUUGCCCGUCGGGUACUAAAUCAGCCAAGUAACUCACGUAGACGGAGCACGUACCUCGUUCGUACUCUCUUUCCGCCUACCACUAAACCACUGUAACUACUUCUUCCGACGCGGCUUGACCACCGACUACCUUCCUUACCUGAGGUGCCUACCAGGGAAAAAAACCACUCCUUGUGCCUGGCAACUGCCUCCGCUCACCCUUUCCCAACUUGCCCUGUAUCCCUCGUCUCUUUUCUCCUUCUCCCCUUAUUCCUUCCUUCUUUUUACCGACCCUCCCACCCCUUCUUCUACCCUGCCUCUUCCCUCUCUCUCUUCUCCUUCUCUCUUCUUCCCUCCACAAUGAGCGCUCAAGAACCCCUCCCCUCUACCAACUCAUCCUCAGCGAUAAACAACACCACGUCUACCGCUGUCGCUAGCCAAGAUGCCUCGGGACGACAGCCCUCCUCCUCCGCCGCCGGUUCCUCCGAACUCUCCGGUGCAAAGAUAAGCCUGCGCAAGUCGCUGCGAAGCUUCCCCGACUUCCCUAUCCCGGGUAUCAACUUUGUCGAUAUUAUGCCUCUCUUCGCCGACCCAACCGCCCAUGCCACCCUUGUCGAUGCUCUCGAACUUCAGAUCGCCGAGGCUUUCCCCACCAAGCCUGAUGUUAUCGUAGGCCUUGACGCCCGUGGCUUCCUCUUCGGCCCUGGUCUUGCGCUCCGUCUCGGUGUUUCUUUUGCUGCUGUCCGCAAGCAGGGCAAGCUCCCUGGACCUUGCGCUACCGCUGAGUACGUGAAAGAGUAUGGCAAGGAUCUGUUCCAGAUGCAAGAAGACGCCGUCCGUGAGGGCCAGAAGGUCCUUAUUGUGGACGACAUCAUUGCUACGGGUGGUUCUGCAAAGGCUGCAGCUGAACUCGUCCAGCAGCUCAAGGGCGAGGUCAUUGGAUACUUGUUUAUUCUUGAGAUCCCUGGCCUAAACGGCCAAGAGAAGCUCGGCACUGCUCCUGUCAAGAUUCUUCUUGAAGAUGCUUAAGUGGCUGAUGCCAGGCUUCCUCUAUUUUCGAUCCCACUUCCAGCGAUAAAGCGAUGCCGGGCCAUAGAUCGACGUCAAUUAGCUCUGGUGUGCCUCAUCGCGGCGCAUUUGUGAGAAGUUUUGUUAGACCUGGAGAGUCUGUUUUUGCUCUAUUUGUUUUCGAAGUGUUGGCGGCGGUAGUGACCAAAUUUUACAGCAAUUCACUUAUUUUACUAAGUGAGAUCUAUAUUGGUUGGCGUUUUGUGGAUGGCUUUUUCACGACUCAACAACAGCAAAAGUCUUUUCGGGUUCGCGCAUAUAGAAUGGGGUUUUUGGAGGAUACCUUGAUAUAGCCAUAUAAAGAAAAAUCGCAAACUAAUAAUCAUAAAUGCCAGUAUUAUCUGCCCACCUUCUGGCUGCUUUGCCAUCAUGAGACAAUAAUUACAUGCCUUGCAAGGGCAUCAUACCACCUACAGCUAUGAUUA